GGGUGGUGGGCUAGGAUAGACUGUAGACGACGCCGCUGUUGCUAUUGUACUUCGCUUGGGAAGCACCCUCGGGGAAACAACGGCAAGUAAUUCGUUGACAAUGACAAUAGCGAUACCAUCAUAAAUAUAGGAAUUAGAAAAUAGGAUUAAAAAAGUAAAUCAAUGGUACAGAAAAGUAGUAUGUCCAGGACGCCUUCGACCUCAACCCAGGAGAUCCAAAUGGACAUGUUUGAUCAACAUCCACACGGAAAGUAUUCCAAACGGAAGAGCCGCUUCAAGCGCUCCGAUGGAAGCACCUCCUCUGACACCACCUCCAACAGCUUUGUCCGGCAGGGCUCUGCCGACUCCUACACCAGCCGGCCGUCGGACUCAGAUGUGUCCCUGGAGGAGGACCCAGAGGCGCUGCGGAAGGAGGCAGACCUACAGGCCCUCGCCACCCUCGAGAAAGCAAAGACCAAACCAGUAGCCUUCGCUGUGCGGACGAAUGUGGGCUACAACUCUGGGCCCAACGACGACGUCCCAGUGCAGGGCAUGGCCAUCUCCUUUGAAGCCAAAGACUUCCUACACAUCAAAGAGAAGUACAAUAAUGACUGGUGGAUUGGGCGUCUGGUGAAGGAGGGCUGUGAGGUGGGGUUCAUCCCCAGCCCAGUCAAACUGGAGAACACCCGGCUACUGCAGGAGCAGAAGAUGAGACAGAACCGCCUCAGCUCCAGUAAAUCUGGUGGCAGCUCCAGCCUGGACGUUGCCACUGGAACACGCAGGCCCACCCCUCCUGGCACAGGUGGUCCGGCUAAACAGAAACAGAAGUCGAUGGAGCAUGUCCCCCCUUACGACGUGGUCCCCUCCAUGAGACCCAUCAUUCUAGUGGGGCCGUCACUGAAGGGCUAUGAGGUGACUGACAUGAUGCAAAAGGCUCUCUUUGACUUUCUCAAGCACAAGUUCGAGGGCAGGAUAUCCAUCACCCGGGUGACCGCAGACAUCUCCCUUGCCAAGCGCUCGGUCCUCAACAACCCCAGUAAACACACCAUCAUCGAGCGCUCCAGCACCCGCUCCAGCCUGGCGGAGGUGCAGAGUGAGAUUGAGCGUAUCUUUGAGCUGGCCCGCACCCUGCAGCUGGUUGCCCUAGACGCAGACACCAUCAACCACCCCUCUCAGCUGGCUAAGACCUCCCUGGCUCCUAUCAUCGUCUACAUCAAAAUAGCCUCACCUAAGGUCCUCCAGAGGCUCAUUAAAUCCCGGGGGAAGUCCCAGGCCAAACACCUGAACGUGCAGAUGGUGGCAGCAGACAAGCUGGCCCAGUGCCCCCCUGAGCUGUUUGACAUCAUCCUGGAUGAGAACCAGCUGGAGGACGCCUGUGAGCAUCUGGCUGACUACCUGGAGGCCUACUGGAAGGCCACCCACCCCCCCAGCAGUAACCCCCCCAACCCCCUCCUCAACCGCACCAUGGCCACGGCCGCCCUGGCCGCCUCCCCAGAGCCCGUCUCCAACCUGCAGGUACAGGUGCUCACCUCCCUGCGCCGCAACCUGGAGUUCUGGCCCGGCCUGGAUGGCCCCGGGGCCGAGCAUGGGAAAGUGGCCGAGCACGCCCUCUAAAGGCCAGCUGUGGGGGACAGGGGACGGCUCAAGGGGAGCGACACCGCCUUCCUAACCCAAACCCGGCUGCCUGCUCUCCAGAUAUAUCUCCUCCCAUCCUCCCUCUCUCCAUCCCUCCCUUUGACCUGAAAGAAGAAACCUAAUCACAUUGUUUAGACCACAUUCUCAUUCAUAAUACUGUAUAGAGAAACACUCCAUACAUGGAGAGAUGGAGGGGGCUGUUAACUGGAGAGUGUAUACUGGGUCCAUCACAUUGGAUCCAAUUGAGCACAGACAUUUAUAUUCAUACACACACACACACACACACACACACACACACACACACACACACACACACACACACACACACACACACACACACACACACACACACACACACACACACACACACACACAUCAGAGUGCUCAGAACAAUAUAGGCCCCACACAUUACUGUGAAAGCCUUCUGCAUUAGAAAACACCCACACACAAACAGAGAGCUUCGUCCUCUUCGAGAAAACCUCUCUGCAAAUGACACAGUAUGUUAGAGCAACACACACAGCAAAAUUAGCAAAGGAGAGUGUAUAUGGGCAGGACACUGGUUCCAGACCAAACCAACACUGGGGAGGGUUUUCUGUGAGAAUAACACACACACACAAUCACAUUGGAGUUGUGAAAUUAAUUGACGGCGCAGUUAUUGGAUGAAAUGAAAAUCCUCCAUCUGUCCAUCAGUCAGAGAGGUACAAUACCUCUGUCUCUGGUCUGCUGCCGAUUCCCUGUUUACUGUAAUUGGUUGAGAAAAUGGAGUUGUGUGCCCCUUACCCAACCUCAGGGCUCCCUGCCUGGCCUCCUUUCUUCAGCACUCCUUUAUCGUCUGGGAAACGGUGUCCAGUUUACUUCCCUUCUCCGUGUUGCCAUGGCACCGUCCUUGAAAAGGAGCGAAUCAUCUCGGCCGCUUGGCCAAUGUGUGCCUUGUUGUUGUGGCAUCAUUUCUAGUUUUCUGAUUUGUGUGGCGUGGCAGGGAUGGGCUGUGUGUGUGUGUGAGAGCAUGCAUAUGCGUGCGCGUGUGUGUGUGUGUAAAGUGAUGUGGGCCAUGACUAAUAGGAAUGUCCUAUUUCAUGAAUUCACACAGGAAACUCUAACCAGCAGAAAAAUGAUAAUCUGGGUCUCAUCUCCAAUCAGCCACUGGCUUCAGCCAAAUACAUACAGCAUGACUCAUGACGGUCAUAGUCUAAGACCUUGUAAAAGUGUCCGAGCUGCUUCCAUAUAUCAAUGAGUUAUACCCACAGAAUUGAUUUAAUCGUGUUCAUUUAGACAUAAAUGCACUAUUAUGAACAGUGCCUUCUCUGAUUCAGUAGGUCAUAUUUGAUAUGGUGUGGCUAGCUGUACAUUGUCUUAAGUCAGAUAGCGCGUCAAUUCCGCCUGCACUGAUCUGUCUCGGCUGAGGGCCGAGCGUUGCGUGGGAGUAACACAAUCUGACAAAAGAGAAUGGCGGCUGUAUAGAUUCAUUAGAAUUCAUUCAGUUGGAGGAGAUUUUGUUCAGUUAUUAUUUUACUGUCAAUGGGUGUGACUAAGCUCUGCCUAUUCAAAGUCAUUAGCAAGGAAUCAGCCAAAUGUUGGCUUCACCCAACUCUAAAGUGUCUUGUUCAGUGUGCUGAGUUAAACAGAAUGUAAUACUUACUACUUAGGAUGAGGAACAUGCUUGUGAAUGAAGAGAUAUCGCAAUUAGUUGAAACAUCAUUUUAGCUGCUGUGAAAAAUCAGCCAUAAGAGGGCGCUGUUGGUUUUGCAGCCAGGAGCUGAACAUGGUGUUUUGCUUGCCUAAUGACUGCAUAGCUGUUUCUCUUACAGAUGAUGAAUGAACACAUUUCUGUAGUCUAUGGAAAAGAGUCUGCGUGCAUGUAUUAAAUACAAAAAAGAAUGUCACUUUGACCAAGUAAUUAUUUACACGGUGUGUUUUAAGUACUGCAUAAAUAUAUCCAUUGUUAUACUGUAAACCUCUAUGUGUUGCAUUGUGAACUGACUGACUGACAUUACUGAUAUCCUGUUUGAUCUAACUGCACCCUAACCUGUCCUAACCCUGUUGACUAACCCACUGCCCGGGCCUUGUUCUGUCUCACUGUGUCUCUGCAUGGCGUGUGGUGUGGGCGGGGCUCGCUGCAGGGGCCGUACCUGGUGACCGGAGAACAGAAGCGGGAAGGGCCUCUGUCGGAGUGCGGUGGUAGCGGCAGUCUCCAUGACUA